AUGCGCCCGAGGAAGUCGCAAAAAAUCUACGAACAAAAGCGUACUUCAACUUGGAUUCGGAAUGGCUGGCUAUGCGUCCCAAGCUACGUUCUGAGUUUACCCCCCCAGCUCCUCAGUCAGGCCCGGACAAUCUGGAGAGGAUACGGCCAAAAAUGUGGAAAAAUCAAGAUUGAAGCGAUGGAAACAGACCACAAACGCAUUGUGAAUAGCAUCAGGCGUGUCAAGAGGCGAGACGAAUUCCUGGGGGAGGAAGUGGAAAAGUUCGAUCGCCACGUGAAGGUGCUGGUUCAAGCAAGACUGUAUGACCUUUACGCAGACUCAGAAUUAUCCAUCUGCGCAAGCCAUCAGGCUGCCCCACCUCCGACCAGUCCUCUCUUAUCAGCUUUCAAUUGGUUCGUUCCAUCACUCAAGUGUUUCGGGCUCGACUACCUGAUUGAUACCCACAAAUAUCGUAUUUCGGAGACCAACAGCUUGGGUGAAUCCGUUGAUUCAGUAGCUCACCCAGACAAAAAAGCGUUAUCAGGUUUCUCUGAGAAUAUUGGAGCACGUACAAUUGAAAAUGAAAAUGGAGAUGAAAGUCUGAAGAGAAAAGGAACCAAAAAUAGAGAAGUGGAAUUGCAUGGAGACCCACUGGGCUUGGUUCAAAAUGAGGUUUUUGCUCUGGGUGAAUUGUGGGAGAGAUUAGAAAAUCUUAUACUCUACGGUAUAACAGAGCCCUGUGGGCCAUGUCUCAGGGAAGUUGACCCCGUGGUUGCUCAUUGGCUCUCAAGUCGUGAGGAGGGGCAAUUGAAAGAUGACUCCCUUUCUUCCAGGCUAGUCCGAGAUCAGCACCAAUUCACCAUGCGACAUUUUGUGCAUGCAGUGUUCAGAUUGGGAAAAUACAUCGGGAAGUACAAUCUCCUGCCACCCACCUUUACUUCAAAAAUCAAACUCUUUGAGCCAGAUAACCUUGUGCCAAUCAUCAAGUUUUACAUCACCCAAUCAUUUCAAGAUGAAAUCAUCUGGGAAAUACUCAUAUGGAAGCCUCAAGGAUUCAUCUUUGGGCUAGAUUUCUUGAAAAAGUAUGACUUUUUUGAGUGCUUCCACAGCCUCAUUCAAGAACAGGUUUCCAGCAAAGAAUACAACAAGAUAUUCACACAUCACCUGAUAAAGUCCAUCUCAGGAAAGUUUAUACAAGAAAAAGGUAUGAGCAUUGAUGAUUUGGGUUGUGUUAAAUUUAUCAGGAUUCAUGAAGGAUUUCGAGCCCAUGAAUUUCUUGAAGAUUUGAAUGAGAUUGAUCAAAUGCUGAAAUUGCCAAUCCAAGGUGUACACAAAGCAUCAGAAAAGAUGGAGAUUAGAAGGCACAAGGUUUUUCCAACAAUAAAAGAAAUGUUCAUGUGCUUCAAUGAGCCCUCAGAUAUUUUGAAGGGGACCUAUCAGGAAUGCAGACUUCUCAGUAUUUACUACAUGGUUUAUUUCAUGAAGAUGUACUAUAAAGAAUUGAUAGAUGAAUUAAUCCUGCCACCUGAAAUCAAAAAGAUUGUCUUUGAUAAUAAGAUUGAAUACAUGAAUACUUUCUUCCACAAAAUCCAAGAAAACAAUCAUUCAAACCUCAAAAAAGAAAUUCAUAGUGAUGCAAUUGAAGUUGUAAACUGGAAAGCAAAGGUGGAUGAUAAAUUCAAGCCUUUUAAAACAAAUUGA